ACAAGAUGCAGUGCGGCCCGACCUCCCUGGUGGCCAUUCGUAGAGGUGAUAUUGGCCUCAACUAUGACUCACCGUUUGUGUUUGCUGAAGUGAAUGCUGACCUGAUGCACUGGGGAGAGGACCCGCAGAGUGAGUGGGGCUGGAGCAGGAUGAAGAUGAACAAAUACCACAUCGGCAGAGCGAUCAUGACAAAGAGCAGUGGCAAGGAUGAUGACUUUGGUGAUGAUGAUGGUGAGGACGUGGUGAAUGACUACAAGAACACUGAGGGGUCCGUGGCAGAGCGUAUGGCGAUCCAGAACGCCAUCCGUGGGUCGAGGCGUGCCAUGCAGUACUACAACAUUAAGAGUGAUGGCAAGGAGGACGUGGCGUUUGACCUCAUCGACAUUGAUAAGAUCACUAAGGGCCAUUCGUUCCAGGUCAAGGUUGUUGUCCGUAACGAGUCCAACGAGAAGAGGAAGGUAUAUGCCGUGCUCAACUCUCGCUCUCUCUACUACACUGGUGUCAAUGUUGCUCACAUCAAGAAGGCUGAGGGCACUUUUGUCCUGGAGCCCAAUGGAACCCAGGAGGUUGCCAUGACAGUGCAGUUCAGCGAGUACUGGCCGAAGUUGGUGGAGCAGUGCCUGAUAAAGAUCUAUGCCAUCUGUCGGGUGGAGGAGACACAGCAGACAUGGACAGAUGAGGACGACUUCACUGUGGAUAAGCCACGACUUGAUAUUCAGGUCACAGGUGAGCCACGUGUCCGCAAUAUGUGUGAGGUGACCAUUUCCUUCACCAACCCCCUGGAUGUGCCCCUCACCAACUGCCACAUCAGCAUGGAUGGUCCUGGACUCAUUAGGCCCCACUCCAUUAACAUCAACGAGGAUGUUGCUCCAAAGGAGAAGUUAACUGUUUACUCCACAAGGUUCAUGCCACGUAUUCACGGCGAUCGCAAGCUUAUCAUCGCCUUCAACUCCAAGGAACUCUUUGACAUCUCACUGUGCUCAAGAGGGAGUAGAGAGAGAGACAGGUGCUGCCGGGGACUCUAGGUUUUAGGAGCAAGGAUCGUUAGACUAGAAGUAAAGAUUAUAGGGUAGUGUAUAUGAUCCCUGGGUAAAGAUUCUCUGCCACACUGCUUGCUGACUUACUGACGAGGGAUGAGACACAACAUUUGAAUAUAAGGCUCAACUUUCAGACAAAGGGGCAACCUGGCUUUGAUAAUGCUGUUUUCUUUCUUUUUUUUUUGUCCUUUUUGUGUCCAUCCUAACUUACUUUGCUGAAAAGGUUAUAUUUCAGUUUUUUUUAAUCUUUUUAAUGAUGUGCUGUUUGGAGUGAGAGAAAGGAAGGAGAUGUUUAGAAAUGUGUAGGUAGCUAAAAAGCUUUAAAAUAAUGUAUUGUCUUAUACGUGUUGGUGAGAGAAGAAGUCACGAGAUGCGUUCCCAAAAAAGGUAGACCACAUUUUGUACCGUUACUAUUCUUAAGACACUUGGCACUGAGAAAUGACGCAUGACAAAGACAGAGCAGGAAACAGAUUCAUUACUCUCAUUAAAACUAUUUCUUUUCUUGCCUUUUGGGAUUUUCUUCAGAGAGAUCCAUGUUGUUCACCCACUUGAGUCAAACAUUCCUUCAUUAACAUAACAUGAAAAUUUUACCCUUCCCAUCCAAAGCCCAAAUUUGAAAACACUUCUGCUUUGCACCACCAGUUAUUGAAAAGGCUCUGGUUGAAGUCACACAGGUUUUUAAGGGUGUUGUUAUGGUUCCAGUGGCAGAUUAACAAUUAUCUUUACAUUAUGAGCCACAAAAACAUCCUUGAGAACUUGGACACUCAUCUUAGUGACUUGAGAAUAGCUGUGGUGAGACAGCAAAGUGUUUCAGAGUACUUGAGAUUAUGAAUGAAGACCAGACUUAGAAUGCAAUGCUGAUGGUGAAGAGUAUGUGCAAUGUUUAUGGGAAUGUUUAGAAGGUAGCUACCAAUAAUAAGUCUUCCAUUUUAGUCAUAAGGGAGGAGGAAGAGGUGAAUCAAAGUGCAUUGCUUCCAUUUUGAAAGGUUCCAUUAGUAUUGUUAAAGGAUCCAAUUCUAUAUUUUCAUGGUGAAUCAAAAUAAGGAAUAAGUGCUUUCAGUGACACUAUGAUGUACUGCCUGUUGUGCCUUUUAUCCACGACUCCACUUUUCUAUCGUGUUCUUCCGACAUUUUCUACCGUUCUAGCGUUAGUUGUGUUUGUGGCUGUCAAUGUAUGGUUAAGAUUUGAUUGUCUAAAGAGCAUUCAAAACUGUUUCAAGAGUGUGAUGAAUACUUUUAUACAUGUUUCUUUUCUUUUUUUUUUUUUUUUAUUAUUUUAUUUCCUGAAUUUUUUUCACCUCAGAUUUGUUAAAAUUGUUGCUGUUGCUGUUGUUCAUUGUAUUAUCAUUAUUUCUAUUAUUAGUAAGCAUGUAUCUAUCACUCUCUUUUUUAUUUUUUUAUUUCAAGUAUAUAUGUUAAUUGUUGCUGUUAUUAUUCAUAUUAUAUCAUUACUAUUUUCUUUAUUAUUAUUAAGCUUGUGAUUGAUUUAUUAUACAUUUGAGUGCAUUGUUAUUCUCUGGUUAUAUAGUUUACAGUGAGUUACUUUAUGAUAGAUUAAAGCUUAGUGUUAACAGUCACACCUGAAAUAUUGUCCAGGUACUGCAAAGGUGCCAUCAGUACACCUGCCUUACUUUAUACAGGUGUGGAGUAAUUAAACCUACAUGUAUACCUGUAUUAAUGAUGCUUCCAGGUAUACUCUUACACCUUUACACCUGUUAAUCAUUAAAAAUAUUUAUAUGUAUGAAGUAGCUAAAUGUGCCUAAAUCUUGCUAUUAAUAAUCUUACCUGUUAGUGAUCAUUUUAAUCACAAAAAAGGUAUACACAAAUUUUUUUAAAAGGUGAUGAUUUGUAUAAGUUUUCAAGGUUGCCAAUACCCAGACCCUGUUUAUUAGUUGGUUAGUCUCCCAUCUCCAUUUUGUCCAUUAGUAUUUCUCUAUUGUAAAUGUCCACCCCAAUUGUAUCUAUUUCUCUGCAGUGUUCCCUCCUCAUAAGAAGCUCCUUUUUAUACUUAAGACCAAAAAGAUCGCAUAAGCUUCAAUAAACUUUUUCCACUCUUCUGAA